GAAUGCAAACAUUAGAUGGAAAAGAACAAAACAAAUCACGCCGAGCACAGCUUCACGAUAAGUGUGUCAAUGGCGACAGUGAUGAUGGAUUGAGAAAGUUCCAGGGGAAUGAGGAAAUGAACAAAAGUAGAAAUGGCGACAGCGACGACAUCUGCAAUUAGGGCACCGAAUUGGAGAGUAGCUGUGUUAUUAUGGACCAUCUCUCUCACUAUUUUCUACUCUCUCUUCCAAAUGGGUCUUCGAAAUUCACCUUCCACUUCUUCUUCUUCAGAUCCUUUUCUCACUUACGCCGAGCAAAGCUCAAGGUUGUAUGAUAAAAUGGAACGGGAUCUACAGGAAAAGGGACCAGUGUUUCUCAAACAAGGUGAAACGUCUCAGUCACUGUCACUUUCAGAUCUCUUCAAAGUGAACGAUGGAAAGAUACAACCUGUCCUCAAGGUUGCAAAUCCCCCCGUGCGAGCUAAUGUAUUACAUCUCAGCACAAAGUACUCUACCCCAGUCUCGAGCGCCGUAAAAAAUGUGUUCAGUCCUUACUUCAAAAAUACAAUCUGGUUUCAGGACUCUAAGCUGUACCAUUUCAGCAUGUUUCAUGCAUCGCAUCACAUUGUCUCUGUUCCAGCUACCGAAGAUGAGGUUGAAGCAGAAGCAGCUGCUGUCAGAGCAGUUGCUAAUGAACUUUGCCCUUUGGAGAUAAUAUUGGAUAGAAUUCUUUUAACCUCUACGGGUGUUCUCCUUGGAUGCUGGAAGGUUAAAUCUGGAGAUGAUCCCAUAACUAUCCGCUCAAAACUGAGAUAUGUGCUUCCACGAGCACCAGAGAAGCAACUUUAUGAUGCUGCAAUUCUUCAUACAUCAUUAGCAAGGCUUCUUGGUCCUCCAAUAUCUCCUACUGAGGCUGGUUCUGACGACCAUCUCCAGCUUCUCCAUGAGUUAGUCGCAAAACUAAACAACCAAAUCCGAGGAUUCAAGGCAGUCGUAUCAGAGCUGUGGUAUGUAGAAGAGUAUGAUCUUUUAGCGCUCGCAUUGAGUGGAAGAAUGAAGGUUCGAUCUUUCCCUUUCGGCUGCUCCGCAAAGGGAUAAUAUUUUACCGGAUUCGGUUUUACUUUUUUCGAGCAAUAAAGCUAUCUUCUUUUAUAUCAAAACCCUUUAUGUCAUCGACAUCAUGUAUAUAUAUUCUCUAACUUCUCUCAAA